AUGCGGAUCCGUUUGUUACACUGCCUUCUGUGGCUGUUCGGCCUGGCUGUUUGGAUUGCGGAAACCGCUGCAUCAGGAUCUGGACUAGCAGAGGCUCUGGCCCAGGUGGUGCACCGCUCGGAGAUGGCUAGCAGAAAGACCCUAUAUAUACACCUGCAGGCGAGCGUCGAGUCAGCACGCCCACACCUGGAGGAGCUGCUAACGCAGGUGCUUCAGGAGCUGCCAUCCACUACGCUGCCCCGUCGGAUCUUCUCUCAACAACCCAUGGAGUACAAGCCGUAUGUGCACGCUGUCCUUCUGCUGGUCAACGAUCUGCAGGCCCUCCAGCAGCUAUAUGGAAAGCUGCGCGCCACCCAGGACCUCUCGCAUACCCUCAUCUACAUGUCGGGCCCAUCGCAGGCCUACGAAGAGGAGGUGCAGGGGGCUCUGCGUCUCCUGUGGCGCCUUAGCGUGCUCAAUGUGGGUCUAGUGCUGCGCACUCCCGGCAGUUGGCUCAUAAUGGUCACCUACUUCCCCUUUAGUCCGGUGCACGGCUGCCAGGUGAUCACGGCCAGCAUUGUGAAUCGCUACCAGGACGAGACCAGGCGCUGGGCCAGUACCGAGUACUUUCCCCCCAAGCUGGUCAACUUCUAUGGUUGUGUCCUCACCUGCGCCACCUGGGAGGACAUGCCGUACCUGGUGCUGCGGCGAGAGCUUCACGGUGGGGACCAGCCUGGCGGCGGCAAUGGAUUCGUGGGCAUCGAAGGAGCCCUGCUGCAGUUUCUGGCGGAUAAUCUGAACUUUACUGCAGGCCUCUACUGGAUGAACAAGGAGGAGGUGCUGGCCACCUUUAACGAGACCGGCUGGGUGUUCGAUGAGAUCUUUGGCCGGCAUGCGGACUUCUCAUUGGGUGGAUUCCACUUCAAGCCAAGCGUCGGCAGCGAGAUACCCUACUCGCAGUCCACCUACUACUUCAUGAGCCACAUAAUGCUGGUGACCAAUCUGCAGAGCGCCUACUCCGCCUACGAGAAGCUGGCCUUCCCUUUCCAUCCGCUUGUGUGGCAGGCCACCGGCCUGGUCCUGGCCCUUGGCUGUCUCCUGCUCCUGGGAAUUGAUCGCCGCUGGCAGGUGGUGCUGCCCCAGCAUCCCUACUAUCAGUUCUUGGUGCUCACAAUGGGCGGCAAUCUGCCGGAUUGGGCCAUCCCACGGAGGGUGUCCGGUCGUCUACUGCUGCUGACUUGGCUGUUCUCCACCCUGGUCCUGCGGGGCGCCUACCAGUCGGGCAUGUACCAGCUGCUACGGCAGGACACGCAGCGGAAUCCUCCCCAGACGAUUGCCGAUGUGCUCGCCCAGCGCUUCACCAUACAACUGAUGGAGGUGAAUGCUGCCCGCAUCCUGGACAGCCUACCGGAGCUGCGGCCCGAGCAGAUGGUCUACCUCAGCGGCAGCGAGUUGCAGUCCUUUCUAGCGCUGGCCCAGAGCAGCGGCUCCUCCGCCCGCCUGGCCACGCUCACGCCUUACGAGUACUUCGGGUACUUCCGCAAGGUGCAUCCGAUGAGCCGGCGCCUGCACCUGGUCCGGGAACGCAUCUACACCCAGCAUCUGGCCUUCUAUGUGCGGCGACACUCGCAUCUGGUGGGUGUGCUCAAUGGCCAGAUCCGGCAUGCGCAUGCCCAUGGAUUCCUCGAGCACUGGACGCGCCAAUAUGUCAGCGCUGUGGAUGAGGCGGAUGAGGGUGUGGCGAGAAUCUCAUCCACAUCCUACAGCACUCUGGACGGCAUUGAUGGCGAUCCGCUGCUGUCCGACAAGGAGGAGGAGCAGUCGAUAACGGGCCGUCGCAAUGUGCUGUCCAUGCGGGAGCUGGCGGCACUCUUCUGGCUAAUCCUGUGGGCCAAUCUCUUUGCAGUUGUGGUCUUUGCCUUGGAGCUUGUGCUGCACAGUCGUUCCAAGUGGAAAGAUCUGAGAAAACUUUAA